AGAGUGCAAAAUUCACGAAUGCUCUUUCCUUUUCUCUGCUUGCUCAAUCGUAAUAAAGUGUAGGGCAAGUAUGAGUGAGCAGAGUGAUCAGUUCACUCACCACCUAUACGAGUGACCUGAUCAGAUUAAAUUCUUUGAUACUUCAUCAGUCAAAUGAUGUUAUUUGUUAUUUUCUAGACCUUCAAGAAUCAGCAGUGUUUGAAGGGUGAAGCUGUCAUGUUUUCCAGAACAUCAGGAAACAUCACAGCAGCAGUGAUCCUCAUAUUACUGACAGGAGUUCAGGCUCAACACAGUGUAACUCUCUCCUCUCAGAGUCUCUGUGCUCUUACUGGAUCUUCAGUAAAAAUCUCCUGUAAAUAUACAACAGCUGAUUCCUCCAGAGUCAGAGAGACAGAGUGGUAUCAGCUCCAGAGCUCUGAUGGAGAAGAACGAGUCCUGAGUAAAGAUCCUCAAUUCUCAGCACGAGUUUCUGUAAGAACAGAGCAGAACGACUGUGAUCUGACAGUGAGGGAUGUGAGACUGAGAGACUCUGGAGUUUAUAACUUCAGAUUUAGACCAUCAAGCAGUGACUGGAUAUCAGCUUCAUCUGGAGUUAAUCUGACUGUUACAGAGUUGCAGGUGAAGGUGGAUCAUAAGACUGCAGGACAGAGAAAGGUGAAAGUGAUCUGUAGCUCCACCUGCAGCCUUGGUGCAAAUCCUCACUAUGACUGGUACAGAAAUGAAGUAUACAAGGCAUAUACAGAUGAUACAUUUAUUGUGCUGGACUCCACCAGGUCAUCUGAUGAGGGCAGCUACUCCUGUCAGGUAGAAGACAGCAGCGGUAAACGGCACCGCUCUCCUUCAGUGUGUGUUUUGGGUAAAGAGUGUUGGGGUGUGACUUACACUCCUGAACGUGUGUGUGCUCUGAAAGGAUCAUCAGUUGAUCUCUCCUGCUCUUAUAACCCUGGAGGACACACAGUGACCAAAUCAGUGUGGUUCAUUAAAGAGCAGGCUGGUGCUGAGCCUGUGGAUGUGAGAGAGGAUGAGGAUUAUCAGGGACGAGUGCAGUACAGACAGAGCUUCCAGAAUGACUGUAGUAUGAGAAUCACUCACCUGAGAGAGAGUGAUGCUCAAACAUACAGAUUCAGAUUCUACACUGAUGGAGGUGAAUACACUGGACAACCUGGAGUCACUCUGUCUGUCACAGAUCUGAAGGUUUCAGUGUCAGACACAGACAGUGGAGGAAAGAAACUGAACUGUAGCAGCACCUGCACUCUGCCUAACAACCUCACUUACAUCUGGUACAAGAACGGACAACCUGUGAUUCACUGCAAGUCUGCCUUCUGCUCUGUGGCUGUGGUCAGUGGUACAGUCAGCUACAGCUGUGCCGUUGAAGGUCAUGUGAGCCUCAUCUCUCCUCCAUUGUGCUCAGCUGAGUUGUGGAAGCUGCAUGCUGUUUGGGGAGCUGUUGGAGUCGUUCCUGUUCUGGCUCUCUUUCUUCUUACUGCCAUUCUGUGCAUUAAGAGGAAGAGAAGAGCAGAGAGAGACACAGAUAUUCAGACUCCAGAUCCUGCAGACCACACAUACGCAGCUCUGAAUCCCGCCACCAUGACCUCAGAUUAUGACACUCUACAAGUAAGUCUUGCUGUUCAUCCUCACAGAGAGAAGAGAAGAGCUCCAGAAAUGAAGAAUGAGAGGAGUUUUGUGAUUAAACAGUUUUAUGAAUGUCAUAAUAAACCAGAUACUGUCUUACAGUAAUAUUUAUCAACUGAUUUCUUUUA